GUAUUGUAUUCACUUUUUUAAGGUGUGUUGCUGAAACACUGUAGGACUACAACUAAUAAUUGUCUGGUCCAUUAAUAUUGUCACAACAGUCCAAAACCAAGGUCAUUUUAUUUACAACAACUGGAUAAACUAGGUACUUUUGCUCGAUAAAUGACUCACAUAAAUGUUCUGUUAAUCAACUGAUUGACUAAUUGACUAAAAGGAUUUACUGACUACAGAUAAUAAUUAAUGCAUUUUGAUGAUAUUGUCUGAUAUGUUAGAUUUACAAGGAUAAAAAUCAGACAAAAGCAGCAAAUCUUCAACAUUUUUAAAUCUGGAAUCACCUGUUGUCAGUUUUUUAAAUUUAUUUAUUUUUCUUUAACAUGCCUGGUGUUUUGCCACCACAGCUGCACAAUGUCCUCCCGGUACAGGGAUUUAUUUUGUUAAAGGAAACCGGAAGUCUCUUCUUGCAAAUACAACUAACUUGACGGCUGUUGGAGGCUAUUAAAAGCGCAAACGUGAGGCAGGAAAGGAAAUAUCCGCAGCCGCAGCAACGACAAAAGGUGACCUGAAGCAAAGCGUGACACAAUGACGAUAAACAAAGUGUCCUACAGCAGGUUGACAGUGACAGAAGUAGAGGAGUUUCUGAAAAAUCCUCCGGCGGGUUUCUCUGUGGAGACUCUGGGUUCGGGUUACCGAGUCCGCAGCGACCCGGAGAAGAGCCUGGUGCUCAUCGAUGACUUCAAUUCCUGCCGUGGGAGGAUUGUUUUCGAGAACUCGCUGGGAAGGAAGGUUGAAAUGCACAAUUUAUGGGAGUACACCAGCAUGAGGAAGAGUCUGCUGUCCAAGAGGAUCUAUCUGCUGAUGUCUGCCUGCAAAGAAGACUUUUCAGCCACCAACAAGAAGGCAAACAGUGUAACCACAGUGCUGAAGCAGUUCGUGGUGUCCAUCGACGGCAAUGAUCCUUUCGUCAAGUGGCAGAUGGAGAAAGGCCUAGACUGGACCAUCUCCUCUGUCGCUGGGGAAAGCUACAGGGUGGAUAUUGACUUGACUGAAGCACUGGAGAGCUGGGCAGCAAAAAACAUUGACAUCAAAACUGACAAUCUAAUAAAAGUAGAACCUGUCUGGAAAGACGCCUCCUUCACCCUCAAAUACUACUCUGACGCCCUCUUUGAUUUCCCACACUGGUUGGGGUUCAGCAAAAGAAACUUUAAGCUGAGACUGACAUGAGCCAGCAGAGGAUGAAGAGUGAGGAGAAAUUGAGUUUAUCUCCUCCGCUUUUUGAUGGAGUCUGGGUUUGCCUCCUCAAGAAAAUGUUGAAAAAGUCGUUUCUUGAUCAACAGACGAAUGGUUGUGAUACCAGCCUGCCGGGUGGAGGACCGGCCUACAGCAGCAACUGACUUAAAAUUGCUGUUGGGUCCAAGUAUUUUCUCUGUUCAGUGGAUGGAAGCUACUGAUGCGGACUGAUGAGGAAAUUCUGAAUGACAUGAAGAUUAUUAUUGUAUGUCUAAAGGUGUUUUUUGUAUGUAAAGACGCAUUAACCUCAUGAUUUACAACCAUUUUAUUGUAUAUGAAGGGUUAAAGGGGUCAAAUCUGUGCCUCUGCAAACGUUGGCAUACUUUUGUACUAAUUAAUUAUCAUUUGUUUGUGUUUUUAAUUUUUUUUUUACCAAACUCAAAUACAAUAAAUGCUCUUUUACUAAAAAAAAAAAAAAAA